UUAGCCGUUUGCGUACGGAUAAGGUUUAGAAGAAGAAGAAAGGACCUACAACUAAAACUACUGCUUGAACUUUUGGCGGGCACAAACGGUCACUUUCAAUGAUGCUUGCUGUUUAGUGUGGGUUCCCCUGUUUCCUCUCUCACCACUGUCCCCCAUCUUAUCACUCUUUGCAACUUGCAUUCAAUCACAUGAGAGAGAGAGAGAGAAAACUCAUCUUUCAAUGUUUUGAUUUUUCUUACAGUCUACAAGAGAGAGAGAGAGAGAAGCCCAAAAGAAGCUGAGAUUGUUUGUCAAGAAGACUUAGGUUUCUGGAGCUGAAGGAGAUUACAGAUCUUCCAUUCAUAUGAAGAUAUCCUUCCUUCUCUCGUAUGUGCUCUUAGUACAUGCAUUCUAUGGUGCUUGGUGCAGCGUUGGAGGCAGCCUGCACUGUGAAUAUUCCAAUUCACAGAUUCUUCACCGGCCUCACAGCGUAUCCAUCACAGAGUUUGGAGCCGUUGGAGAUGGAGUCACACUAAACACUAAAGCCUUUCAGAAUGCUUUGUUCUACCUCAACACUUUCUCUGACAAAGGUGGUGCCAAGCUUUUUGUUCCCGCUGGUCAGUGGCUUACCGGUAGUUUCGACCUUAUCAGUCACCUAACGUUAUGGCUAGACAAGGGUGCAACCAUUCUCGGGUCAACGAACUCGGAGAACUGGCCUGUGGUUGAUCCAUUGCCAUCAUAUGGGCGAGGAAGAGAGUUGCCUGGUAGAAGGCAUAGGAGUCUUAUAUAUGGUCAGAAUCUCACUGAUGUUGUCAUCACAGGUGAGAACGGGACAAUAGAUGGUCAAGGAAGUAUAUGGUGGGAUUGGUUUAGAAAUGGAGAGCUAAACUAUACAAGACCUCAUCUUGUUGAACUCAUAAACGCUACUGGUCUUAUCAUCUCCAACCUCACUUUCUUGAAUUCACCGUUUUGGAAUAUUCAUCCUGUUUACUGCAGAGAUGUUUUUGUAAAGAAUCUCACAAUCUUGGCUCCUCUUGACUCUCCAAACACAGAUGGAGUUGAUCCAGACUCAUCAACUAACGUUUGCAUAGAGGAUUGUUACAUAGUUACCGGAGAUGAUUUAGUAUCGAUAAAAAGCGGAUGGGACGAGUAUGGAAUCUCCUACGCAAGACCAAGCUCGAAGAUCAAGAUCAAUAGGUUAACGGGUCAAACUACUUCAAGCUCAGGAAUAGCCAUAGGGAGUGAAAUGUCAGGAGGUGUAUCUGACAUCUACAUCAAAGACUUGCAUCUAUUCAACUCCAACACUGGAAUCAGAAUCAAGACUUCUCCUGGACGAGGCGGCUACGUAAGAAACGUGCACGUCUCAAACGUGAAGCUCGAUAACGUGCAGAAAGCUAUUAGGUUCACGGGUAAGUACGGUGAACAUCCUGAUGGGAACUUUGAUACUAAGGCACUUCCGGCUAUAGAGAAGAUCACUUUUGAGAAUGUUAGUGGUGAAGAUAUCGGUGUUGCGGGUCUUCUUGAAGGUAUAGAAGGAGAUGAGUUCAAGAAUAUAUGUUUCCUUAAUGUUACUCUUAGGGUGAAGAAGAACUCGAAGCAAGCUCCAUGGAGAUGCUCUAAUGUUAGAGGCUACUCGCAGUGGGUUUCGCCGGAGAUUAGUUGUGAUUCUUUUGAAGAGAGUAUCUUCCCGGAGCAUAGCUCUGAUUGUUUUGGGUUGUCAGAGAAUAAUGUUGAGACGUCAAGUGGUUUAAGUAGAUCACCAUGGUUGUUUUUUUGGUACGUUAAUGAAGUUUGACCUUUAAAGGGGAAAACACAGUUUGCUUGAGGGUGAAGAAACAUCUUCAUAAAUUUUCCUUCAAUUUUAUUUCUAUAAGAGGUUUCGUUUUUGUAAGUGAUGCUUUUGUUCUUUCUCUUUCUUUUAAGAUAUCCGGAUCCAGAUCUUUAUCCGGCGAAUCCAUAAUUUUACUAUU